UUUUUUUUAAAAAAUCAACUUUUGAUCUUUAUGGAAAAGAGAGAAGACACUUCUCUUUCCCCUGACUUCUGCUCCUUGAGGCAUUUUAGGCAGUUAACAGGGGAAAACAAAGAUGUGAGAGAUGAAACAUGCAUGCAGUUUUUUCCUAGUUUUCUUUUUAAAAGAAGUUGGAGAUCGUCUUAUUUCAUCCCACCCCCUUCUUUUUUGUCAGAAGAGGCAGAAGUGGAUGUGAGAGACAGAGACACUCAGAGAGACACAGAACGAAAGAGGGCAAGAGACUUGACUUCAAGAGACUCCUGCGCUGACAACUCCAUGCAGUUCGGAACAAGGACACCAACGGCCGAAUCUGGUUUCAUGGGGACAUGGCAGAACGCUGACACGAACCUCUUGUUCAGAAUGUCCCAGCAGGCCAUACGCUGCACACUGGUAAAUUGCACGUGUGAAUGUUUCCAACCGGGGAAGAUAAACUUGAGAACCUGCGAUCAGUGUAAACAUGGAUGGGUGGCACAUGCUUUGGACAAGCUUAGCACGCAGCACCUGUACCACCCAACUCAAGUGGAGAUUGUACAAUCCAACGUAGUGUUUGACAUCAGCAGCCUAAUGCUCUACGGGACUCAGGCCGUUCCAGUGAGACUGAAGAUAUUGCUGGACCGACUCUUCAGCGUCUUGAAGCAGGAAGAAGUGCUCCACAUCCUGCAUGGUUUGGGCUGGACACUUCGGGACUACGUCCGGGGUUACAUCCUUCAGGAUGCUGCAGGCAAAGUGCUGGACCGCUGGGCCAUCAUGUCCAGGGAAGAAGAGAUUAUUACCCUUCAGCAGUUUCUGAGGUUCGGGGAAACCAAAUCCAUCGUGGAGCUGAUGGCAAUUCAAGAAAAAGAAGGGCAGGCAGUAGCUGUUCCAUCUUCAAAGGCAGACUCAGACAUAAGGACUUUUAUUGAAAGCAAUAAUCGAACCAGGAGCCCGAGUCUCCUUGCUCACCUGGAGAACAGCAACCCUUCCAGCAUCCAUCAUUUUGAAAACAUCCCCAACAGCCUCGCAUUCCUGCUUCCAUUUCAGUACAUAAAUCCAGUCUCUGCCCCUCUGCUGGGUUUGCCACCGAACGGCCUCCUGCUGGAACAGCCCACACUGAGACUACGCGAGCCGAGCCUAUCGACCCAGAAUGAAUACAACGAAAGCAGCGAGUCCGAAGUCUCCCCAGCACCUUUCAAGAACGAGCAGACAUCCAGCAGGAACGCCUUGACCAGCAUCACAAAUGUAGAGCCCAAAUCUGAGCCAGCAUCCGUGUCCCCCGUUCAGACGUCCACCCCUAUCAACGAUUUGUCCAAGCCGGAACAUACGAAAAGCUCUUUCAGAAUUCAUAGGAUGAGGAGGAUGGGGUCAGCGUCGCGGAAAGGGAGAGUCUUCUGCAAUGCAUGUGGCAAAACCUUUUACGACAAGGGCACCCUCAAAAUCCACUACAAUGCUGUCCAUCUUAAGAUCAAGCACAGGUGUACGAUUGAAGGCUGCAACAUGGUCUUCAGCUCGCUCAGAAGUCGCAACCGUCACAGUGCUAACCCCAAUCCCCGACUUCAUAUGCCCAUGCUAAGGAACAAUCGAGACAAGGAUCUCAUCCGCGCUACAUCAGGCGCCGCUACCCCUGUCAUAGCAAGUACAAAGUCCAGCUUAACGUUAACAAGCCCUGGCCGGCCUCCAAUGGGUUUUACCACUCCCCCGCUAGAUCCUGUGCUGCAAAACCCUUUGCCUAGCCAACUUGUGUUCCCAGCUUUAAAGACUGUGCAGCCUGUUCCUCCUUUUUACAGAAGUUUACUUACGCCAGGUGAGAUGGUGAGCCCUCCAACCUCAUUGCCGACUAGCCCUUUAAUGCCAGCAGCUGGCACCGUAGAGCAGCUCCCUCUGCCGCCUUCAGAAUCAACAGCCCCUGCGUUGAUGAUGCCCACGCAAGAGGGAAAUGCUGACCUUGCCCCUAAGAAGAAGCCAAGGAAGUCCAGCAUGCCUGUAAAAAUAGAGAAGGAAGUUAUUGACACCGCAGACGAGUUUGAUGACGAAGAUGAGGAUGUCAACGAUAACCGGAGUGUGACUAACGAUGGUGGUCAUGACAAUCACUGUCACUCUCAGGAAGAAAUGAGCCCUGGGUUGUCUGUGAAAGACUUCUCAAAAAACGGGAGGAACAGGUGCAUUUCGAGGACGGAGCUGAGAAGGGCAGAUAGCAUGACGUCAGAAGAUCAAGAGCACGAGAGAGACUAUGAAAACGAGUCAGAAUCCUCAGAACCAAAACUGUGCGAGGAAUCCAUGGAAGGCGAUGAACCCAUGAUGCAUGAAAGAAACCACACGUCCAUGAUGAACCACGACAGGCCUGAUGAAAACCACCACGGCAUCUCGCACCAGGAUGAAGUUAAGGUGAAGGAAGAAUUUACUGACCCUACCUAUGAGAUGUUCUACAUGAGCCAAUAUGGACUUUACAACGGAGGCAGUGCCAGUAUGGCUGCACUUCAUGAGAGCUUCACCUCAACCUUCAACUAUAACAGCCCCCAGAAGUUCUCCCCAGAGGGCGAUUUGUGCUCAAGCCCAGAUCCCAAGAUCUGCUACGUGUGCAAGAAGAGUUUCAAGAGCUCCUACAGCGUGAAGCUCCACUAUAGGAAUGUGCAUCUAAAAGAGAUGCAUGUCUGCACAGUGGCUGGUUGUAAUGCUGCCUUCCCUUCAAGGCGAAGCAGAGACAGAUUGUGCAGUUGGUCCGGUAACCAUCAGGACAACAGUAAAGCUGAUCUUAUCACAAGACACAGUGCUAACAUAAACCUGCACCGUAAACUGUUGACCAAAGAACUGGAUGACAUGGGCCUGGACACUUCGCAGCCCUCGCUUAGCAAGGACCUCCGCGACGAGUUUUUGAUGAAGAUCUACGGCACCCCGCAUCAGAUGGGCUUUGACAUACGGGAAGACACCUCCUCCCCGGCAGGUACCGAGGACUCCCACCUGAACGGGUACGGGAGGGGCAUGUCAGAAGAAUACAUGGUGCUAGACCUGAGCACCACCUCCAGCAUCCAGUCUAGUAGUAGCAUCCAUUCCUCCAGAGAAUCCGACGCGGGGAGUGACGAGGGGAUUCUCCUUGAUGACGUGGACGGCGCAAGUGACAGUGGGGAGUCGUCACACAAGGCGGACGCCCCGGCCUUAGGGGUCGGCAUGGGCGCCGAAGUCCCGGGCUCCCUCAUGUUCAACAGCGUUUCCAUGAGCAACGGGGGGAUCGUGUGUAACAUUUGCCACAAAAUGUACAGCAACAAAGGGACCCUCAGGGUUCAUUACAAGACUGUGCACCUGCGGGAGAUGCACAAGUGCAAAAUCCCUGGGUGCAACAUGAUGUUUUCUUCCGUCCGCAGCCGGAACCGGCACAGUCAGAACCCGAACCUGCAUAAAAACAUUCCCUUCGCUUCACUAGACUAGUUCGAAGAUGGACGUGGCAAACGCCAGCAGCUCUCGCAGAGGGUUUCCGCUACUUUGAACUGCCAUUUACAGACUAUUAUAUAAAUAUAUAUAAAUAUAAAUAUAAAUAUAUAUCUUUUUUUUUUCUUUUUUAACGAAACAGAAAAAGAA